AGAAAAAAAAAGACAGGCAGCUAAUGUCAAAAAAAUAACCUUAUUCCUUAACUAAUAUCUAUGUUUUUGUUCACGAUUUAAUUAUUUAUUAUGUCGAAAACUAUUUCAUUAUUUAAUCUAAUAAUCAAAAGAAAUAUUUCACUUACCACGCCCCGUGAAGGUAAAAGAAAUUUCCGAAAAUUUGUUAUACCUAAUAAAAGGGGUUCCCGAUUGCACAAACAGAACCAGGCAGGGCCAAAUCCCGAGUUAGAAAUCGACAAACGCGGAGUUCGUGAUACAGGCUAUGUUUUGAAUGGACGAUUUGUUAAAGUACCAGAAAUGAUUCCUGAACUUAUUGUUCCCGAUUUAACGAAUUGCGAUUUAAAACCCUAUGUUACAUACAGAGCUGAGGAUGUUAUUCAAAGUGAAUUCACCGCUCAACAAUUAUUUGAUGCUGUUUAUAGUAAAAAGAUUGUAACAGAUUUUAAACAAAAUAAAUUAAAUGAAGAUGGAGAACCCUUAGAGCCAUCAGACGAAGAGAAAUUGCAACCAGAAGAAGCAGUCCAAAGAGCUAAGAGAACAGGCUCUGAUAUAUUUUAGAUGUAAUUUAUAAUAAGAUAUAGUCUUAGCAUGUAGUUAAAUUGUAUGAUAUAAUAAUAAAUACAUCAAAAUUA